AUGAAAGGAGGAAUGAAAUCCAAAACUUCAUCAUCCAAAAUCAAAGCAGAUAAAAUUAAACCACUUGCAACCCCAAAACCUCCAACAGUAGUACCUCCUCCUUCAGUUAAUCCUUCAUCAUUCACUUUAUUAUAUCCAUUUCAAACAUUAAAGAAGCAAAAAGAUUUUAAAAAGGAUUUCAAGAUAUUAAAUAAACCAAUUGACCCAAAAAUUCAACCGUUAAAGGAAAAAUUUGGUCGCCCUUCAUUUGCACCAUAUCCAUAUUCAUACGAAAUCGAUCAUUUAGAAUAUUCAAAAGGAAAUGUUACUUAUUUAUUUGCCAUUAACAUUAACACAAGAUAUUUAUAUUGCAUUCCGGUGAAAGGGAAAACAGAACAGGAAACAAGAAGAGCUAUUCAAUACUUACUAGAUCAUGAAAGAGUAGAUAAUAUCAGGGGUGAUGGUGAUAAAGGAUUUCAGGCAGCUAUGGCUCAUUAUUUCCCACAAAUUAAUUUUUACUUCUCAUCUUCUCCAUAUACGUUUCAUAAUAAAAUAGUUGAUGCGGUAAUGAGAACUCUUAGAGAUGCGUUAGGGGUUAACGGUCAGAUAUACUGGGAUGGAAAUCAUGACUCCAUCAUACAGCAGUUAGUAUAUUAUUACAAUAAUACAUGGCAUAGAACUAUAAACAUGAAACCGGUGGAAAUGAAAAAUGAUAUUUCAAAAGAAUGGGAAUAUAUUAGAAAGCAAAUGGAAAGGUUAAAUGAUGUUAAACAUGAACAAAUUAAUUCGGGGCUCAUGAAUUUUAAACAAGGGGAUAAAGUUUUGAUUCAUCUCGAUUAUGGAAAAACUGAUAAAUCAAUGACAAAAAGAAGACGAAGAUUUGACACAAUAGCUGAAUUUGUUAGAUAUAUUAACGGUAAUGUAUUAGUUGAGGUUAACAAUAUAUUAAUAGAAAUUCCGAUUUAUUUUAUUACUUCAUUAUAUUUAAAUAACAUUUAA